AUGGCCGACCUGCAGGAGCUCUUCGCUCGUCUGAAGAGCCCAUCGAAUCCUGCAAACGCGCCACCCGCGAGCUCCAACGACCAGCAGCUUCACGGCUUGCAGCCAUCCGUCUCCUCCCCAAUCUUCUCGCCUUCACCAGCCGGUCCACAGCCUCAUCAUUCAUCCGCCAUCUUGAGCCCGAACACUUCUGUGCCAAACACGCCGGCGGUCGAGAUGGAUCGAUCAGCGAACCUGCUCAACCUGCUCCGCUUCAACUCCAACGCAGGAGCUUCCGCUUCUCAGGAUGCUGGCGUUUCUGGCGAGCGUCGUCCUUCGGCCAGCUUGUUCGGACCUUCCACACUCGAUGUUGCUGGACAUGGUCGCGCCGUGUCAGCUUCGGAUCUGGUAGCUUCGUUCAUGCGCAAGCCGCCUUCAUCGGCCGCUAUGCAGUCACCGCCACCGAUCGCCUCGCCCACACCGAACAAGCCUGAGAACAGCGGGCCAACUAAAUCAUCCACUGCUGAAAAUCCCCAGGACCUUCUUCUCCGGUUGCUCAACCAAGCGAAGCCUCCUCAGAGUGCCAGUGCCACAGUGAAGCCACAAGACCAGCCGAUUCCUUCAGUCGGGAAUCAAUUGCCAGAGACCGCCGUGGAUGACCUAUCCCAAGACCUUGCCGACGCCAAAAUAGAGAAGGUUGACUCUAACCCAAAUGCAAGACAGCCGUCGCCAGUCCGUCUCUUCGGCCAAGACGACCCAGAGUCAGGCACCACCUUCACUCCACCACCGCCGCCCGCCGCAAGCAAGAAGUCAAUGUUUACCUAUGUGAAUCCAUUCGAGCAGUUGUCUGCAUCUUCGCCUCGCAAUCGCACGCCGCAACCCGAGCCUCGCUCCAACAAUGCUACACCCAAGAUGGAAAUACUGAAGCAUGAACGAGCUGCAUCCCCUAGUCUCGGUGACGCGCAGAGCGGCAACUUGCCAGCAUCCAAAGCCCGAAAGCUUGGCCCAGGCUCGCCCCGACACUCGGCUGUUCCGGGAGGUUUUGCUGAAAAUGCACCUCGCGGAUCAGUGCCCGAAGCUUUGAGCGAUGUUGGUGAACAAGUCAACAGAGAGCUGGAAGAAGCUCUUGCUAAGGUCGACUUGAACACCAAGGACCAGGCCAACUUCGAGGCUGACAAGACGGUUGCAGCUGAAGACGCUAAAGAGGCCCAAGAGGCUGUCAUUGAAGCGGCCAAAGAGAUCAAAGAAGAGCUCAAGAACGAAGAGACCCGCAAAGUGAUCGAGGAAGGCAUGCCUAAGCCCAUGGCCAAGGCAUUCGAGCAAACCAUUGAGGAUGUGGCGCAAGCGGAUGUCGCCGACAGCUGGGAGAGCGCGGAUGCCGAGGACAGUCCCGCUAAGGACGAGGAGGCCGUUGUUCGGGUCUACAACUUCCCCAUGAAGCCUUUUGUCUCCAUCGACGUCAAGCUGCAAGAUCGAGCUCCCGGUUUACGCCCAGACUCUGUCAUGGAGAUCGCCCGUGCUAAGAAAGAGUUCGACCAGAUCGACCGAAACCUCAUCACCGCCACGAAGAACUUCAUUGUCUACGCAUUGCCCAAACAUGGAGGCCUCCGCAUCAUCAGCCAGGACUCCGGCAACUUCAAGCAUCUCUUCCAAUCCACUAAAGAGCGUGUCUUCAACGUGUCCAUCUGCAGUCCGGCCCCCGGCUCUUCGAAUGCCGAAUACGAGUCAAUCGUGGCCACCGGUGUCAACGGAUCCGUUUUCUGGGCUCCAGUCUCGCCUUCGAGAGGUGACACCUUCCGCGAGGAUGACAUUGAGGGAGCGGGUUUUAUCUUCCCGCCGGUCCCAGCAACCGACGACAACAUGUCAGGUGGAAUGCUCAAGACGCGGGCCAAGCGGAGCUCUCGUCACCCAGAAUACUUCGCUAUCGGUCGUGGGAAAUCAAUCUACCUCAUCUGGGCGAAGGUAGCUAGCUCGGCCGAGUACACUGACCAGCAAAGCCGUGUUUGCAACAGCGAGAAGUACCUCCAGCACCGUGAGCUGAAGGUCAACGUAGGCAAGGGUUGCAAAGACUUUGCAUUCAGCGAGGAUGACAGCGCUAUCGUUACCCUGGACAAAUCCGCCACGCUCAAGUUCUGGGAUGUCCGUGUCUUCCAAACUCCGUCGUUCGGCAACCCCUCCGGACCGCUUACACCUGUUGAGAUACGCCAGCCGCUGAUGACCAUCCCUCUGACAUCCAUCUCCGACAAAUCAUGGCCUACAUCCGUCUUCUUCAUCGACAAGGAGCGACAGUAUACAAGAGGCGUCGCCCUGCGCUACUUGCUGGUCGGCCUGAAGCAGAACCACACUCUUCAGCUAUGGGAUCUCGCUCUUGGCAAGCCAGUUCAGGAGAUCAAUUUCCCGCACGAGAAGGAGUCAGAUGCCAUCUGCAGUGUUGUUUAUCAUCCUGGAACCGGUGUGAUUGCCGUGGGACAUCCGACGCGGAAUUCUAUUUACUUCAUCCAUCUAUCCGCGCCCAAGUACAAUCUUCAUCAGAUGUCUCAAGUCAGAUAUCUCACGCGCCUUGCCGACAAAGAUCCCUCUAUUCAAAAACCGGACUCAACCGCCAUUAUGAGCGGUGUCCGCGAGGUGUCCUUCGCCUCCAAGGGCGAGCUGCGUAGUCUGGAUAUUCUCAACAGUCCAUCCUCGGAUUUGGCGCCCGCAUAUGACAAGGGAGAUGAGCCGCUGUUUGAACUGUAUGUUAUGCACUCUAAGGGCAUGACAUGCCUCGCCAUCAAGAAAGAGGAUCUUGGUUGGGGAGAGGGCAACAGGGUGCUACAUCCAGUCGACGGUGAAGCGAAGGGCGACAUUUCGGUCAGCCCGCUUCGCGCCGGUCCUCCUGCUCCCGUACCGACGCCAAGCGAGCCAUCGAUCAGCGGAGAGGCAGCUCCGAGUUCGUUGAAGGCUACUGCGCGCGAUACUAUCAAGAAGGAGAGCGCCAGUACAGCUCGCGCAACACGGACUCAGACUCCCGAAGCGGGAAUGAUCGCGUCGACCCUGGCUAGGGUUGAGGGUAAGCAGGAUGCGGCUCGCGCUGCUGUUAUCAAUGGAUCAGACAAGGCGGAGAAGAAAAAGAAGAACAAAUCAAGCGAUACAGCGUCUCAAGCGCCGUCCGUGGCUCCGACUGCUAGUCUGCCGGCCAUCACCCCCACGUCUUAUGCUGCUGCGGCUCAGCGCGCCAAGUCACCCGCCCCGCAACCCUCGCCGGCAAUUGCAGCCCCCACUUCUGCAGCACCAGCCACGCUGGCGGCCACUGCUCCUCAGACCGCAACGGCGGCCACUCCAGAAUGGGCUACUCGUCUCAUGGAACAGUUUCAGCAGCCGAGACCUAUCCCGCUCGGCAACGGCGUCAACACGGCUGAUCUCAAGAGGAUUGAAGAAGGCAUUGCUGCUCAAUUCUCGAAGACGUUCACCAAAGAGCUUGACACGUUGUACCGUCGCAUCGACGACGACAAGCGUGUACAGGAUGCCGCUGGCGCCGCAAAGCAGGAUGCAGUCUUGCGUCUGGUCUCCAGUACUUUAACCGACAAUGUUGAGAAGAGCUUGACCCGCAUCGUCACGGCUAGCAUUCAGGACGUAGUCAUGCCUCAGCUAGCCGAGAUCGUUACCUCGUCCCUAAAUCGCCAGGUGGUUGAGACUAUCACAGCUGCCUUGAAGCAUGCGGUCCCGCGGGAAAUUAAGGCGGCUUUGCCUUCAGCUAUCAAUCAGGCCAUGCAUGAGCCAGAAGUUCUCCGUAUCAUCGCUGAUCUGGUCUCUAACAAAGUCGCCGCCCAAGUCGACGCGCACCUUGCCAAUGCGCUCCGGACUACCAUAACCCCAGCUUUUACCAACCUGGCUGUCAAUUCUGCUCAGCAGAUGGCCGCCGAGGUCGAGCGCCGCGUGAGUGAGCAGCUCCGCCAAUUUGAAGCUCAGCAACGCAGCGACAACGGCAAGAUUGAGCAGUUGACCAAUCUCGUGCGCGGCUUGUCGGAGACCGUGCAUGCAAUGGCUGCUGCCCAGGGAGAGUUCCAGCAUGAGAUUCUCAAAUUGCAGACACAAGGCGGACACUCACGUGAAAGCUCGACUCGGUCCGCAGCAGCUCCUACCGCAACACCGGCGCCGCCAAAGUCGCCGAUUGAUAUAGAAACCGAGAACAUCACAAACCUGAUUAAGGAAGGACGGUUCGAAGAAGGCACUAUUAUCUGGCUACAAUCCCCCUUCCAAGCCGAGCUCUUCGACCGCAUCUUCGUGCAUUGCCAGCCCACCUACGUGCAGCAGCUCUCCCCGCUCGUCGGCCUGUCCGUCGCCGCAGCCGUGACUGCAACCCUCGAAACCCACGUCGCCGAGCGCCUCCUCUGGGUCGACACCGUCUUCUCAGCCAUCAACCUCAAGGACCAGGAGAUCAUCGAGCUCGCACCGAAGAUCAUGGCUGUCUUGGCCUCAAGGCUGCAGGAGGCGUAUAUGCUUAUCUCGGAGAAGAAUGGCACGGAUCCGGCGAUUCCGGCGCUGUUGAAGAAGAUCUCGAAACUUUAUAGGAGGGCUAACGAGAUGAAGAAUAUGAUCGCUGGAUGA